GAUAUGGCGGAAUAAACGUAGCCACAAAACUCGAAUUGGCUCUUCAUAAAACACAUCAAAUCAUUCUUAUCGAACGUAAAACCUACACUUACCAUUCAAUUGGUGGUCUUCGUGUGGCUGUUGAAGAUGGAUUCGAACAUAAAAUUAUGGUUACUUAUAAAAAUCUAUUUAAGCAUGGAGGAAAAGUUGUACAUGCUACAGUUACUGCAAUUCAUGAAAAAGAAGUUAUUAUUAAUAACAAUACUGAAUGGGGAACUCGCAUACCAUUUGAAUACUUGGUAAUUGCUACCGGUUCUAAUCACUCUAAACCUGCAAAGAUGGUAGCAAAUAAUAAAGAGGAGGGUGUUUCUGAAAUAGUCGCACAAAGAGAAGCUGUAAAAAACGCGAACAAGAUUUUGAUUAUUGGUGGAGGUCCAGUGGGCAUAGAACUUGCUGGAGAAAUUGCAUCAGUUUACAGUGACAAAGAAAUUACACUUGUUCAUUCGGAAGAUCGUUUGCUUUCGGAACAAUUCCCAAAGAAAAUGACAGAUCUUCUUGCGAAACAAUUGAGGGAAUUAAAUGUAAACCUUAUUUUUGGUGAAAAAGUUAUUCUUCCCUCUUCUGGUAUUGGUGACGCUUUUGGUACAAAGCCUAACACUCAAGUUGUAGAAACCUUGGACGAAUCAUUAAUUGAAGAAGAUACUACUUUAGUAAAA